CGGCACCCCGGCUGUCGCGGGCGGGAGCCGGCGCGCCGCGGCCCCCAGGCCACGCGCGGCCCCACUGCCUGGUCCCUGCUACCAUGAACAAGAUGAAGAACUUUAAGCGCCGCCUCUCCCUGUCCGUGCCACGCACCGAGACCAUCGAGGAGUCCUUGGCCGAGUUCACAGAGCAGUUCAGCCAGCUCCACAACAGGCGCGAUGAGGACCUGCAGCUUGGGCCUCUCGGCAGAGACCCCCAGCCAGAUUCCAGCCCCUUCUCCCCGACAGACAGCGGGGACGACCCUGGGCAGCCGUCCCCCGGCUUGCAGUACCGGCGGCAGAACCUGCGGCGCUUCUCCAUGGAGGACAUCAGUAAGAGGCUGUCUCUGCCCAUGGACAUCCGCCUGCCCCAGGAAUUCCUGCAGAAGCUACACCUGGAGAGUCCAGACCUGCCCAAGCCGCUCAGCCGCAUGUCCCGCCGAGCAUCCCUGUCAGAUAUCGGCUUUGGGAAACUGGAAACAUACGUGAAACUGGACAAACUGGGGGAGGGCACCUACGCCACAGUCUUCAAAGGGCGCAGCAAGCUGACAGAGAACCUCGUGGCCCUGAAGGAGAUCCGGCUGGAGCAUGAGGAGGGGGCGCCUUGCACUGCCAUCCGAGAGGUGUCUCUCCUGAAGAACCUAAAGCACGCCAAUAUUGUGACCCUGCAUGACCUCAUCCAUACGGAGCGGUCUCUCACCCUGGUGUUUGAGUACCUGGAUAGUGACCUGAAGCAGUAUCUGGACCACUGUGGAAAUCUCAUGAGCAUGCACAAUGUCAAGAUUUUCAUGUUUCAGCUGCUCCGGGGCCUUGCCUACUGCCACCGCCGCAAGAUCCUGCACCGGGACCUGAAACCGCAGAACCUGCUCAUUAGUGAGAGGGGGGAGCUGAAGCUGGCUGACUUUGGCCUGGCCCGGGCCAAGUCCGUGCCCACGAAGACCUACUCCAAUGAGGUGGUAACCCUGUGGUACAGACCUCCUGAUGUGCUGUUGGGGUCCACAGAGUACUCCACCCCCAUUGACAUGUGGGGCGUGGGCUGCAUCCACUACGAGAUGGCCACGGGGAGGCCCCUCUUCCCCGGCUCCACGGUCAAGGAGGAGCUGCACCUCAUCUUCCGACUCCUGGGGACCCCUACGGAAGAGACGUGGCCCGGCGUGACCGCCCUGUCGGAGUUCAGAGCCUACAAUUUCCCGCCGUACCAGCCCCAGCCGCUCAUCAGCCACGCUCCCAGGUUGGACACGGACGGCAUCCACCUCCUGACCAGCCUCCUCCUGUACGAAUCCAAGAGUCGUAUGGCCGCAGAGGCAGCCCUGAGCCACGCCUACUUCCGGUCUCUGGGAGAGCGCGUGCACCAGCUUGAAGAUACGGCGUCCAUCUUCUCCCUGAAGGAGAUCCAGCUCCAGAAGGACCCAGGCUACCGGGGCCUGGCCUUCCAGCAGCCAGGCCGAGGGAAGAGCCGGCGGCAGAGCAUCUUCUGAGCCGCGCCCACCCUGCUGUGGCCCCAGGACCCCCAGGGACGAGAGGUCACAGCGAGCACAAGGGCACAACGGCGGGCAGGAUGGGGCCUGUGUGGCCCUGGGAGGACUGAGGAACAAGGGCUAAUGGCUGGCCCAGAAGACCUCUUGGCAGCCCUGCUGGCCACGGCUGUUUCCUCUUCCUGCUUCCCACAAGCCUCCCCUGUGGCCUUCACCUCGACACCAACCCCUCUGUCGUCAGCCCUGGAGCUGGGCUUGAGCUCCUUUCCUGGGGGGAGAUGAGGAGGUGGGGAGUGGGGGGACCGCAGACCCUUUCCCACCCUGAGGUGC